AGAAACUUGAGGUGGCUGCUUCUCAUACAGUUCUUGAAUCGAAGGUGUCAAUUAAGCCCUAACAUUCCGAAAACAAACAUGUUUUAAGGGCUUUUGAUAUGCAUGCGAUGUGAUAUGAUUCUGAUGAGUGUAUUUACAAGUUUGAGACGUGUUUCCAUCUUUAGUCGCCAUUUUGUAGGCUGUCGACAAACAUCUAAUCGACUGCGAUCUUUGAGCGGAAUGGCAGCGAACACAGACGGGAAACCUACGGCGGGGAUCAUAAUCAUAGGUGAUGAGAUUCUGAAAGGUCAAACUCUGGAUACAAACUCACACUUCAUCUGCAGUGAACUCUACAAGCUGGGGGUCAGAGUUGAGAGGGUUUCUGUGAUUCAUGAUGAUCUGUCAGUCAUUGCCAGUGAAGUUGCUUCGUUCUCCAAACGUUACACCCAUGUUAUUACUUCAGGUGGUAUUGGACCCACCCAUGAUGAUGUUACCUUUGAAGGUGUAGCCAAGGCUUUUGAUGAGGAGGUAAUACCCCACCCUGAGCUGGUGAAGAUAUGCAAAGAUUACUUUGGUGCUGAUAGCUCUAUGGAUUCGCCGCAACUCAAAAUGGCUCUGAUUCCCAAGUCUUCCACCCUGACUUUCGGCACAAACCUCAAAACAGGACAGAAGAUGCUUUACCCUCUUGUUUCUGUCAAGAACGUGUAUGUCUUCCCUGGCAUUCCAAAGCUGUUAGAGGGUGCUUUCCUCUCACUCAAGGAGAAAUUAUUCCAGGGCUCUCAAGUUCAUUUCCACCUUCGAGAGAUCUUUAUCAGCACCCAUGAGAUCGCCAUAGCUCCUUACCUUAACCAAUUCAACGCCAAAUACAAAGGAAGGGUGCAUCUUGGGUCCUAUCCAAAACUUAGUCAUAGUUAUUACACCGUCAAGCUUACUUUAGAAUGUGAAGAUGAGAAGACCUUAGAGGAUGCUCACAGUGAACUUCUUUCUUUGCUACCUCGUGAGCAUAUUGUAAACUAUAUUCAGGACCCUAUCAGCAAUGCUGCGGAGGCUGUCUAUGGUCUAGCUUCUAACCAGGACCAACCUAGUCCUCCGCCUGGUCCAGGAACUACCCAGCUAGAGUCCAGUGCCAGUAGUCCUGCCACCUGUCUUGCCAACGAUGUUUCGUCGGGAUUGGAAGACCCAUUGAUUGCAAGACUGGCAACAGCUCUUCAAGUGAUUGAGGAGGCCCUUGAGAAGUACAAAAUGGAGGAGAUAUGUGCAGGAUUCAAUGGAGGCAAAGAUUGCACAGCACUUAUACAUCUAUUCCAUGCCGUAGUUAAAAGGAAAUACCCUGAAUACAAAGGCCAGCUACAAGUACUUUACAUCCAACACCCCCACGGAACAUUCCAUGAAGUUGACGAAUUUGUGGAUGAAUCUAUAAAAAGAUAUAAUCUGAAGACUAUCUUGAUAAAGGGUCGUAUCAAAGAUGCAUUAUGGGAUAUGAAGAAGAAUCAUCCGACGAUCAAAGCCGUAUUAAUGGGAACGAGACAGACGGACCCACAUUCUGCCAGCUUGAGUGCCUUCUCGCCCACCGAUGAAGGUUGGCCUGAGUUGAUGCGAGUCAAUCCGAUGUUAUUCUGGAGCUACCAUGAUGUCUGGGCCUUCUUGCGUCGCCUUUUUGUGCCUUACUGCAGACUUUAUGACAAAGGUUACACUUCUCUGGGUAGUGUGUCCACCACAUCACCCAACCCCGCCCUGAUGUACACCACCGACAGGGGCGAGAUCAAGUACCACCCCGCCCACAAACUAGCAGAAGAGGAACAUGAGAGGUCUGGGAGGGUACCCUUCUCGCCCAAAUGAUGAUACGCUCCAACUUCUUCCUGUAUUUUUAAAUAAUGGAGUAUCUAUGUAGGCUGUCAAAAAGUGUGACAAUUAGCAGCAGGAGAUGGCCCGAUGAUCAGAGAAUCAUAUGCUCUAUAUAUUCAAAUAUAAAUUUAUAUUAAAAAAAUAUUCCAUCAAGUGGAUCCAGGCAAUAAAUUGGCCAAAUGUCCAAAUUUAGAGACGACCAGUGUUGCCCUUGCCUGUAAUCUAGGUGGGGGGCAGCAGCUGUUUUCUUUGCUGUGUAACGCUAAUGUAAUUUGAAAUGACUGAUAUGUUGAGACUACAUACAAACAGAAGGUGAAAAUAAACAAUGCCUGUACUGCCGCAUUUUGCUUUUGUCAUUGUUUUCUUUUUAUGAACUAUAAUUCAGUGUGGGAUUUAUUUGUAUGAAACAUUGCCUCUGGGCAUUCUGUGAACUAAUGGUAAGAAAACAGCGACUUAAACAAAGUGAGAUGAUAUAGGCCGUUGGUGCUUUGCAUACAAUAUUUGUAGCCUUGGUGCAUCAAACGGAUUGCCUAUGUUUAUGAAUGAAAGCAGAGAUUACACAUGUAGACUCGCGAUGGCCUUGUUAUAAGUAUACUAUGAUUAACCAUGGUUUGUAGAUAAGUAUGAUUCAUCUAAAAACAAGUGUCCACAUGAUUAUUUAUGAAACAAAGGAAUAUAUGUAUAAAAAAAUCAGGCAUAAGUAUA